AUGCUUUACACGAGAAAUCGCAAUCAGUUUGGGCGGAUCCAACGGUUCUUACUGCUUAACCCGCUCUUUAUAAAAUACCCGCCCGGAAGUAUCCGACCCGAAAGAUUCUCUCUCUCUCUCUUUCCUAAAGUAACAAACCUUCAAAAAAUUCUGCGAAAUCUGAAAAAAAAAAAUCUGAAGGACGAAUCAGCCUGAGAAGCUUCUUCUCCUUCAAUACUUUGAUCCCACGCAUCGAUCUCGCAUCAAAUCACCGCCGGUCGAUUCGAGUUUUCACAUAGGGUUUUGAUCAUUUCUGAUCCGAUCCACGCUCCUAAAAACUGGUGAUGAAAGUCGAAUGAAGAGAUAUGGAUCUUACCGUAGAGACUUGCGUGGCGUAGUCUCUGAGAGAAUUGCUGAUGGGAGGAGAAACGGGGACAAGUUCGUCGGAGAAGCUGAGAAGAGGCGAUCGAGAAGAGGAGGAUGUGAAGGUUAUCGAGUGGGAAGAGUUCGACCAUGAGCUGACUCGGUUGUGGAGUCUUUCCUCUGCUCUUAAGUUAGCCACAGAGAAGAAGCUAACCCUUCAGCCCAAACUCGAGUCUCUUAUUCAGGUUAGUGCUGAUUCACUGAGACGUACUAAUGAGCUUGAAGAGAUGCGGCAGCGGCUGGAAGCAAGAAAAUUGCUAGUGGAGAAGACGUCAGUUGCUUGCAAAGUCACUGAGCAGGAUCUUAAAGUGAAAGAGGAUAGUCUCAGUGCAGAGGUGAGAUCUUUGCUAGUUGGCGGCACAACUCUUUCAAUCGCUAAAAGCAAGUUGCAGGAGUCGAACUGCCAACUAGAAGGAGAGAGUGGUUAUACUCAUCUGAAGAUUGUAACGAAUAAGCUGAGAAAGAGGCAGCAGUACAUGGUCACCCAAGUUUCAUCUAUCUAUCCCUUGAAGAUUGAGGCUGGACCUUCGCAAGACCAAGAAUUGGAGUCACUUCCAGGUGGCAGUAGAUUAGUAGGAACUAAGCCUGUGAGUCAAGGAUCAGUGAGAAUCCUGGGGUUGCCUUUUAGUAUGGCCCCGUUUACAAAGAUGAGCUUCUUCACUGACAAGAAAGAAGUUCAGAAGUCGGCAACUGCCCUAGGAUAUGUAGCUCAUGCUGUGUCCCUAUUAGCUCCCUACUUGGGUGUGCCUAUUCGUUAUCCUUUGCGCCUAGGUGGUUCCAAAACGUACAUUCGAGACUAUGCGCCUUACAUGGAGCCUUCACCAUCAGAUAUGUCUACGAUUUCCACUCUUUCCCAAAGCUCUAAGUUUGUAGAGUUCCCUCUGUUUUUGGAUGGGCAAGAUACAACACGAGCUGCCUACGCUGUCUUCUUAUUAAACAAGAACAUCGAGCAGCUCCUGAACUUUGUUGGGGAAAACAGUCUAGGACCACGUCAGGUUCUAGCUAACCUCAAGGAGCUAAUCAGAAUCAUCCAGUCACCAGAUUAUAUAAUACAUUCUUGAUGAUGGAUGGUGAAGAUAUCCAACACUGUUUUCUCUUCUUGUAGAUGGAUCAACUUCUUCUUACACAUCUUCAGUUGUCUCUUUUUUUUUUUUUUUUGCAUCUUCUCACAAGUUAACAGUUUUUUGGUGAUAAAAAGUCAGGUUUUGUACUCGUUAUAGAACUCUUAGACAUGGAAAUUCUCUUUAGAAUAAUCUCUGUAAGUGUCAUGACAUUUACUGGUUUGGAGAUAGUAAAAGAAAGUCUAGUUCUUGUAAGUUCUAACAGAUGUAUUAUUUUGCUUUUGGAAUAUGUUUUACCAUCCAUGUAAAUAGGGAGACUCUUUGCUUU